AUGUCUCCAGAGAAUGGGGACUUGGGUGUGAAAUGGAACCAGCUCAGUUCCGGGGCUUUUGAGUUCCCCACAGCAGCAGAGUCUGAAGGGCUGCAGGUGCAGGCUGGGGGGGAAAUCUUCAUCAUGGACUCCGCUUACUCCGAACAAGCUGUGCUGCUUCUGCAGAGAGGCAGGCGGCCCCCGGGAGGCACCUGCACCUGUGCCGGUGAUGUUGCUGCCCAGAGGAAAUUUAGGAUCCCCAAGGGCAGACUUGGCCUGACUAGGGUAGGAAACUUGUCCUUACAGGAUCAGAAGGUCCCUGCCUUAGCCCUUAUCGAGCUGACCACGCUCUGUGACGUCCUGGGCUUGGACCUGAAAAAGAGCAAGGCCGGCAAACGGAAGGCGACAGAAACUUGCCUUUUCAGUGUGUCCCUCGACACCUUGCUGGAAGCCGACCACAGAUCCCUCCCCAGCACCCAGGUCCCGCUGGUCCUUCAAGCGCUGCUGUCCUGUUUGGAAGAGAGAGGGCUGGACACAUCGGGCAUUCUCAGGGUGCCAGGGUCAAAGUUAUGGUGUCCCCAGGUCGUGCAGCAUGAUGUUCUGGGGAAGGCACUCCUGGAAUUCUUCCCAGUGGCCCGGGAGCCGAGCAACAAGAUGAUGUUGUGGAGUGUUUCCACGGAGAUGGCCCCUCAUCUCUUCCAGCACCGAGGGCGGCCCCCAAAACUCCCCAGGGGCAGAGAGAAGCAGCUGGCAGAGGGGGCAGCUGAGGUGGUGUGGAUGAUAGCGCAAUACCAGGAUCUGCCCUGGACGGUGAGUGCUACUUGAUUCUUUCUGGCCAGGUUGCCUUUCUUGGUGGUCCAGGUGUGAAAACUGAACGACAGCAUUCGCCGGUGCCCCCAGCUCUGAGAUGGGGGACUCAAGACCUGGCUGCGAAGGAUGCACGCAGACAGGAACGAGGCGAUGGACGGCCCCGAGUUGGCUGCCAGGAACGGCGCUGCCGACUGUGGCCACCAGGGGGCGUCCCGGGCCCGUCGCAGCGAGAGAGGAGGCGGGCUCUUAGAAACGAGGGAGGUGACGCGGCUGAGCAAGGAGGAAACGGUGGGGCGCAACAGGUCCAUGAAGUCAGCCGACAUCCUCCUCCACGAAGUCGGAGGGAAUAUCAGUGAGCAUCGCCUGGACCCAGAUGCCCACCUUUUAGAUCUGUACCGCACCAACCCCCAUGGCGAGUGGGUCAUCAAACAGAACCCCACCUAA